AUGGAUGCAAAGGUCCGCGGAUUAGAGGUUGGUGCUGAAGCGACCGAGGCCAGGGCCGCCAGUCCUGGGAGCGAGGUGCUAACAGAAGAGCCUGGGUAUCCGUCGGUCUCGCCUGAGCCGAAUUUCGUCACGCUCUUGAUAUCCGGUAAAGUCGUACAAAACGGUAUGGAUCCGUUGGAUGCGUGA